AUGCGCAGCAAAUGCAUCCUACGAACACUACAGGCGGCGACAGUGCAGGCAGUACCAAAGUAUGGGCUGCGGGAGUGCUGGUUCUAUGACUUUGGCGAUCGACUCCUUCCGUACGAGCCGGUGCACCGGUGGCAACAGCAGCUGCGUGCGAUCCGACUGGGGCGGAGCGGCGAAGCACCGGCAACGACGUUGCGGUUUCCGGACGCUUUCAUGUUGCUCACGCACACGCCAGUGUACACGCUAGGGACGGCUGCAAGCCCGGGUGACCUCGGUUCUGCGCUGCAGGAAGCAAGCUGCGCAGUUGUUCGUACGGAGCGCGGCGGCAAAGUUACUUACCACGGACCGGGUCAGGUCACUGGUUACGCUAUUAUGAACCUGAGACGAUAUCGCUGUGACCUGCGGUGGUACGUUUCCUUGCUCGAGGAGGUUGUGAUUCGGUGUCUGCGCGACUUUGGAAUACCCGGCGAGCGACGCAGUGAUCAUCAUGGGGUCUGGGUUGCCGGGGGAACCCGCAAAAUUGCCUUUAUUGGCGUGAGCGUUAGCCGUUGGGUCACCUGCCAUGGGUUUGCCCUGAAUGUCAACCGGGAGGUGCUCCCACCGUUCCGACGUAUCGUUGCAUGCGGUCUCGAUGGCAACACCGUGACUUGCAUGCAGGAUCUGCUGCCGCAUCCGAACACCUGUUCCACAGAGCAGGUGCGCAACUCACUUGCCACGCACUUUAGUGAACUGUUCGAUGUUGCACUGAAACCUUACGCACCUUCGGCGGCGUCGGGAACAGAUUCGCGAUCAGGGACUUGA